AGUUCCCAGGGGGAAUUCUUUGAAAGGCUGGGGUGUGUGAUCUCUCUGGCCUUAGCAGUCUGCUGCUCACCAGCUCAGAGACCUCCAGCUCAGCGAUGCCCAGGAGCUGCUGGGAGAGAAGUUUCUGGCUGUGGUGGCUCCUUCUGUGGCUCAGCCCUCGGAGUGCAGGAAAUGCACCUGCCACCCCACAGCCAAAAUGCACUGACUUCCAGAAUGCCAACCUCCUCAGAGGCACCAACCUCAAAGUCCAGUUUCUCCUCUUUGUCCCUUCAGAUCCUGGGUGUGGGCAGCUACUGGAAGAAAGCAGUGACAUCCAAAAGUCUGGAUUCAAUGCCACUCUAGGAACCAAACUAAUUAUUCAUGGAUUCAGGGCUUUAGGGACCAAGCCUUCCUGGAUUGAUGCAUUCAUUAGAGCCCUUCUGCGAGCAGCGGAUGCUAAUGUCAUUGCUGUGGAUUGGGUUUACGGAUCAACGGCUGUCUACUACUCAGCUGUGGAUAAUGUGGUUAAGCUGAGCCUAGAGAUCUCCCGUUUCCUCAAGAAACUCCUGGAUCUGGGUGUGUCAGAGUCCUCAGUCCACAUCAUUGGCGUUAGCCUAGGAGCCCACGUUGGAGGCAUGGUGGGACAUUUCUACAAAGGCCAGCUGGGACGGAUCACAGGCCUGGACCCUGCAGGACCAGAGUAUACCAGGGCCAGUCUGGAGGAGCGCCUGGAUGCUGGAGAUGCCCUCUUUGUGGAAGCCAUUCACACAGACACUGACAAUUUGGGUAUUCGGAUUCCAGUGGGACACGUGGACUACUUCAUCAAUGGAGGCCAAGACCAGCCGGGCUGUCCCCUGUUCAUUCAUGCAGGUUACAGCUAUCUGAUCUGUGAUCACAUGAGAGCUGUCCACCUCUACAUCAGCGCCCUGGAAAACUCCUGUCCCUUGAUGGCCUUUCCCUGUGCCAAUUACAGGGCCUUCCUGGCCGGACACUGCCUGGAUUGUUUAAACCCUUUUUUGCUUUCCUGUCCAAGGAUAGGGCUGGUGGAACAAGGUGGUGUCAAGAUAGAGCCGCUUCCCAGGGAAGUCAGAGUCUACCUGCAGACCACUCCCAAGGCCCCGUACUGUGUGCAUCACAGCCUUGUGGAGUUUUCUCUGAAGGAGGCGAGAAAAAAGGACACCAGCAUCGAGAUCAGCUUUGUUAGCGGCAAUGUCACCUCCUCGGUCAAGAUCACCAUAACUAGACAACAACUCCAGGGAAAGGGAAUCAUAGCCCACCCCAGCCCUCCAUGCCAGAUAAACCAAGUGGAGUUCAAGCUUCAGGCUUCCAGUCGCGUUUGGAAAAAACACAGGACUACCAUUGUUGGGAAGUUCUGUACAGCCCCUCUGCCUGUCAACGACAGUAAAAGGACAGUCUGCUUACCUGAUCCAGUGAACUUACAAGAAAGUGGGUCUGUUUUUCAUGACUGGAAAAUAUCCUGUUUGUAACAUAAGCCUGGGCAGGACACAUCUCCCUGGAUUUUUUUGAGGGGGGUGUGUGUGUGCGCUCACACGCGCAAGUUAUGUUAGACCAUUACUACUAAGGGAGAAGUUCAAAUUCUUGGUUUUUUUUUUCUCAUAAUUAGCUCCAUGGAGGGGAAAGAUAAUUCAUCUGAUAGAAGUUGAUCUCCAUUGCCAAUGUGCAAAGCUUUAUAUAGAUACUAUUUUCACUUCCCUGUUCCGAUGUAACUGCAAUUGUCUCAUUCCUUGGGCAUCUGUACUUAGGAUUCAGUGGAAACAUAUACAGAGAAAAAUGGCUUUUAAAAAAAAAUCAUGGAAUAUCUGGAUCAUUGUUUUAUUGGGAUGGAAUUCUGUUACAUUGAAAAAUAAUUUGUAGUCUAUGGGAUUGGAGAAAAUAGCAGAUAUUGAAUUUUCUGUAUCCAAAUAGCACCUGAAAAAACAAGAGAGCAGAUGGAGGGGAGGAAGAUGGCACCAUUCGUUAUCCCUAACCCUCCUCUGGAUAUCUGGAGGUCUUGGAGGAUCCCAGACACAUUUUGGGAUUUUCUUUGGGUCAGUAUUUCCCAAACUUUGAUCUUCAUAAAUCUUGCAUUGGCCACAGUCUUGGGGGUAGGGGAGGCAAAACAAAAUAAAAUCUAGAUGGGACAACUUGAGGAGAACUGGACAAAAAAAAAAUUCUUUUUAUGAUAAUCCUCUCUGGGGAAACACAAGGAAUAGUGCCAUUUCCUGGGACAAGUGGCAGUAGGGGCUGCUUUCCCCUGAGCCUGACACAAGAGGGUUGGGAGCACCCAGGCUGGGGACAGGAGGGAGUGUGGACCUGCAGCUGGGGUCACCGCCAGCCCUGCAGUCCUGAAGGGAGGGGUGUGGUUGCUCAGGCUCCACUCUUCGCCCUCCCUCAUUCUCCUGCUUGUGCUCCCCAUUGGGUGAUCCCAGCCAGAAGCCAGCGAACAGGAAUCCCCUCGGUGUGACCCCGUGACCCUGGUGGGCCCAGGGCAUUCAGCAGGGAAUGGGUGGAUGGAGAUUGGGUGGCCUGUGCAGAAAACGGGGGUAACAGAGGUUUGACACACGCCUUCACUACUUUUUCCCCUGGUUUUUCUCCUCUUUAACUAUGUGUAAGCUUAAAUAAAAGUGCUUUUAAA